UACCCCCAAAAAGAAACCCCAAAAAAAGAGAGAAAGAGAAAAAAGUUUUUGUGGGUAAGAUUAAACCGACCCCACAAAAUCCAUGACCAGCCAUUGAGCAAAUUUCUGGUAUGAGAUUAACAAGCAGCAAAACAAUGCAGCAGAGCUGAGAGCUUUUCAGCUUCCAGAACAACACAACAAAUUCAACAUCGUUUCAGGAAAAGUGUAAAGCCAUGACAAUUACAACUACGCCUUCACUUUCCAGACUUAAUUCUCCAUUUCUCUGUUGCCCUCUCAAGAAUUCGUAUCCCUCGUCUCCUUCCCUAACCCACAACAACAAUACAUCACUUAGAAGAAGAAACCACCGCACCUUAACCAUAAGAGCGGCUGAUCUUGAUCAGAACACGAUUGUGGCAAUAACAGUCGGGGUGGCCAGUCUUGCAAUUGGGAUUGGGAUUCCAGUUUUCUAUGAAACACAGAUUGACAAUGCGGCUAAACGAGAGAAUACUCAGCCAUGCUUUCCCUGCAGUGGCUCUGGUGCCCAGAAAUGCAGAUUUUGCUUGGGGAGUGGCAGUGUGACGGUAGAGCUUGGAGCCGGUGAGCAAGAGGUCUCAAAAUGCAUCAAUUGUGAUGGUUUGGGUUCCUUAACAUGCACAACAUGUCAAGGCAGUGGCAUACAACCUCGCUAUCUUGACCGCAGGGAGUUCAAAGAUGAUGACUAGAGAGAUGAAGAUGAUCAGUAGACUCAGAUGCUGAACGGAGUUGUUUUUCUUUAAAGGGAUUAACAUUACAGCAUCAUUCUUUGAUGUGCCAAAUCAUUUGUGUACCAUUUUGUUUUUAUCUUUGACUAACAAUUGGUUAGCAAUAUCAAGAUACUAGUAAGUAGUAAAUAUAUAAAAUGAGGUUACGCUUGUUUGUUAAGUUUUAGCUGCAACAUGUAUGCAAGGUGGUUUAGUUUCAGUUAGCCUCCAUAAAUUAUGUAUCCUAUAAUAUGUAGAACUACUAUAAUUGGCCUAGAGUAGAAAUGCAAACGAAC